AUGCAGCGCAAUCGACUUCUCGAGCAUGUUCCUAGUACCUGGAACUACGAGUUCGGCGUAACAGCCUUCAAUAGGGAUCUCGACUCAAAAACUAUCUCAAUCCUCGCCGUCGUGCCGACCAUCCACGACCAUAUCUACCCCCACGGCUACAGUAUUGGCGGCAUUCUCGAAUCUGAUCCCUUUUCGACCAAAGACCUCGCCCUCGCGCUGAGGGCCAUCGGGCGCGGAUACUCGAACCAGGAAACAGACAAGGUGCGAGCUGUCUUUGCCGAGUACGUCCAGGACGUGGGCGCCGACACCGGUACUGUCAUCAAGAUUACAAACGAGGUGUUUGAUGAGGUCGGAAAGGAGGGUGUGCCGAAUUGGGUCCUCCAGCAAUUGGAGACGUUUUUGGGAAGUGACAAUGGCUGCGGCUUUGACACAAUGGACCGCCUGCCGUGGAGAAAACAGAUUCACCAAAUCGAGCCGUUGGCGAUUAGGAGCAAUGAUGCCUCUAAGCCCUACCUCAGGAUACGGAGCAGGACCAAUGGCUAUUUUGGGCCAUGGGCGGCUCAGUCUAUGUUCUGGUAUUCUCCCUAG